AUGGUGCAACUAUACUUGUACCCCAUACCCCACGUGCCCUCGGGACUCAUUAAGCUAUGUUGGCAGGGUCGCAACGGUCUUGGCAACAUUUACGUGUGGGCGAGCGGUGACGGAGGGGAAGACGAUGACUGCAAUUGUGACGGCUACGCUGCGUCCAUGUGGACUGUGUCUAUUAAUAGUGCAAUCAAUGACGGUCAAAACGCCCAUUACGACGAGUCCUGUUCAUCCACCCUCGCCAGCACCUUCAGCAAUGGUGCACGAGAUCCAAGCACCGGUGUCGCUACCACAGAUCUAUAUGGGAAAUGUACUGCGACGCAUUCUGGUACUUCUGCUGCAGCGCCAGAAGCAGCUGGUGUCUUUGCUCUAGCUCUUCACGCAAAUCCCAGCUUAACAUGGCGCGACAUCCAGCACUUAACAGUCUUGACUUCCAAGAGGAACUCAUUAUACGACGCUAAGGGUCGUUUCCAUUGGACAAUGAACGGUGUGGGUUUGGAGUUUAACCACCUCUUCGGCUUCGGUGUGUUGGACGCUGGAGCGAUGACUGCAUUGGCUGCGAAUUGGAGAUCAGUCCCACCACGAUACCACUGUGAAGCCGGCUCUGUUAAUACACAUACUGAAAUACCGACAGAUGGCAGCGUAACGUUGCACAUUGAUACCGGCGCCUGCGCAGGUACACCCAGCGAAGUCCGAUACUUAGAGCAUGUGCAGGCUGUGGUUAGUGCAAAUGCAACACGGCGUGGUGACCUGGAGUUCUUCCUGACUAGCCCUAUGGGUACUCGAUCAAUGAUACUGAGCAGGCGAUCCAAUGAUGACGACGUACGAGAUGGCUUUACCAAGUGGCCCUUCAUGACGACACACACUUGGGGAGAGUACCCGCAGGGGACGUGGACUCUGGAAGCUCGUUUCAACGGUGGUUCCGGGCCCAGCUCAGCAUCAGGUUGGCUCCGAGGUUGGUCGUUAGUCCUCCAUGGGACAAGGGCGCCGCCCUACGCCCAACUGCAACCGAAGGACCCCCACUCAAAGCUCGCUGUAGUCAAGAAAGCGCACGAAGACAACGCACUUAACAAAUAA